CCUGAGCGUCAGCUUCAGCUUCAGCUACGAAUGUGAGGUUACCCAGUUAAUAUCUGCGCUGCGUUUCUAGCGCAAAACAGUCGAAAUUGUCAGCUCGUUGGCAGAGCAUCGCAGUAGCUCUUCCUUAGUUAACCUUUUAGUGACCACUUUGCCUUCGGCAAACAGAACGAGGAUUUAUACAACAGUUAAAAUGGCUAAAAUCUUAAUCAGUGCUCUCUUGUGCGUUGCCAUGUUUGGCUCAAUGGCCAUUGGCUCCCCGGAAUGCCCCACGCCCAAUGGAAGAUUUGCGUCGGGUGAACAGUGCGACUCGUACACAGAGUGCCAGGAUGGUACUCCCGUGGAGAAGUUGUGUCCGGACGGCCUGCUGUUCCACCAGCGCACCAAGGCGACCGGAGAGUGCACCUACGCCCCGUACUCCACCUGCAAGGAGCGGGCCCGCCUGCAGCCCGCCAACGGAACGGAGGAGUGUCCCCGCCAGUUCGGCUUCUAUCCGAACGGCGAUGCGACCAAGUGCGGCGUCUACCGCAACUGCGCCCACGGCGUGGCCAGCCUGACCAAGUGCCCCGAGGGAUUGGCCUUCAACGAGGAGACCUACCAGUGCGACUGGCCCGAUCUUGUGGCCAACUGCAACGCCGAGGCGUACCUGGGUUUCAACUGCCCCGCCGCUGAUUCAGCCGAUGAUAGCGCUGCCGCCCCAGUGGACGUCAGUCCGGAGGGAGAGCUGCGCUACUAUCGCCAUCCGCAGACCUGCAAGAAGUACUUCGUCUGCGUCAACGGACAUCCGCGCCUCUACAACUGCGGCAAGUAUCUGGCCUUCAACUCGCAGUCGAAGCUGUGCGACUUCUACAACAAGGUGCCCGAGUGCUAUGCCCUGCUCAAGGAGAAGCAGCGCCUGAAGGCGGAGAAGCAGCAGCCACCACAGGUGGCUCAGCCGGAGGCCUAGGCUCUUGGAGAAGCCGAUGGAGUCUCAGAGGCUGCUAUCCGUACACUUCCUGUGCAAUAAUUAUUAUGCUGUAAAUAUGUAACUGCUUAUUGGUUAUGCAAUGAAUAAAUAAGUAAUCUAUGUAGAA